GAAGGUUUCAGUUUUAGAGAAGAAACACCAUGAACGUCCCCGAUCGUUACGAGCGAUUCGUCGUGCCCGAGGGCGCCAAGAAGGUUUCAUACGAGAGAGAUACGAAGAUCAUGAACGCGGCGACCUUCAUACUAGAGAGAGAGGAUCAUACCGUCGGAAACAUCCUCCGCAUGCAACUUCACAGAGACGAUAAUGUGUUGUUCGCUGCAUACCAGCUUCCGCACCCUCUUAAGUACAGAAUACUUAUCCGGAUACACACAGCUAGCCAAUCUUCACCGAUGCAGGCGUAUAAUCAAGCUGUAAAUGAUUUGGACAAGGAGCUUGACCAUUUGAAAUUUGAGCUUGAGAGUGAGCUUUCAAGGUUCUCGAGGGCCUAUUAGUUUUACCUUCAAAGGAGACGAAGGGGAAGUUUUGUUAUCUAGCUAUCUGCCCAUAUUAGAUUCUCGAUUCUUUGCAUAUGUCCUUCAACUCAAUAAAUUCCAAUUGGCAACUGAAUGCCAAAAAUAAAUUUUAUGGCCAUCUUAGUCUAA